AUGAAUUCGAAGACCGUGGAUAUCUCUGUCUCUUCCGGUUCACAAAUGGAGGUCGACCACCCCAAACAAAACCACGGGUACGAUGAUGCCAUCAAUAUAUUCAAUGGAGAGUCAGGCGACAUAGACAUUGAGUUCACGGACAAGGAAGCCUCUGUCGUCCGCUGGAAAAUUGACUUGACCAUUGUCCCCAUGGUAACUGUGACGGAAGAUGUGCCCUUUGGUUCUUUGCUGACCGAAGUCCACUGGCAGAUGACCGUGAGCUAUAUCCUUUCCUUCAUCGACAAAGGUAUUCUAUCCACUGCUGCCGUUUAUGGCCUCAGGACAGAUCUGGAUCUGAAGGGCCAACAGUAUAGUUGGGCAUCGUCGAUCUUUUAUUUUGGGUUCCUUGUCUGGCAAUAUCCAAAUUCCAUCUUCAUGCAAAAGCUUCCUAUUGGCAAGUGGAUAGGAUCCAUGAUCUUCAUGUGGGGACUUUGUGUCGCGACAACGGCCGCCUCGACGAAUUUCGCAACGCUUGCCGUCAAUCGGUUUUUCUUGGGUCUCUUCGAGGCCUCCAACAAUCCUGCCUUCACACUCUUGGUCAGCCAAUACUUCACGAAGAAUGAGCAUGCCCUGCGCUCAUGUAUUUGGUGGGCUGGUGCACCCAUCGGCGCCUUUAUUGGUGAUGGUGUCUCGAACGGUAUCGGCCAUGUGCAUGGGAAGCUGUCCCAAUGGCAGUAUCUAUAUCUCAUCUUUGGCCCCAUCACCAUGCUGUGGGGGAUCAUAGUGUUUUUCACCAUGCCCUCCUCACCCAUGUCGGCAUGGUUCUUGACGCCUCGGGAGCGAAAAAUUGCUGUUGUUCGGGUGCUUCAAAAUCACGCGGGUCUUCACAACCGACAAUAUAAAAUUUACCAAGUCAAGGAAGCCCUCCGGGAUCCUCAGGCGUGGAUGAUGUUUUGCAUAGUAUUCUUACAGUGUAUACCCGGAGGCGGCUUAAACGCGUUUAACAAGAUUAUUCUCACGGGUCUUGGUUUCUCCAGUGUCGAGUCCACUGUUGUCGCGAUGCCAGAACAUGCCGUUCAACUUGUCAGUGUGUUACUUGCGGGUAUUGUAUGCUCGUGGGUCGGUAAGGGCCGAUGCAUUGCCAUGAUCCUCAGCAACGUAUGCGUUCUUGUGGGCAGUGUUCUAUUAUACACUCUGCCGACGGAUCGGAAAAUGUCUCGCUUGGGAGCUGUAUAUUCCCUUCUGACUUGUACAGUGUCCUACAUCAUGUGCAUGUCCAUGAUAUCGUCUAACAUUGCUGGGUUCACUAAAAAAAUGACCGUCAGUGUUAUGAUUUUUGUCGGCUACUGUGUGGGUCAAAUUAUCACACCGCAAUUCUUCCUGUCGACGGAAGCACCGACCUAUCCUACCGGAUUCCGGGCCUAUUUCGUCACCUCGUCCAUGAUGAUCGCAGUCGAAGCUGCCCUAAUGUUCUAUCUGCUCAAUGAAAACAAGCGGCGGGAUAAACAUGCACUUGAGUUAGGGGUCUCCCAGAACACCAGUGAUCAUCGUAUUGUAGAGACGGAUCUCUUAGAUCUGACUGAUUGGGAACGACCUGAAUUUAGAUAUGCCUGGUAG